AUGUUAUCUAUCAAUACGAUAAUAUUUAUCCAAUCAACUUCACCACCGUACAUGCAACGUCUGCAAGAAACUUAUACUUCACUACAUGCUAAAACAGCAUCACGUCAUCACAAUAAUACAUUAGCCUAUGCCGAUCAUAUUCAUUAUUUAAAAGAGGCUUUACAUAAAGUGAACGCAGCACUUGAAUGUUGUCAUGCUGUACAUAAUAAUCUUAUAGAAGAAAACGAUGAACUUCGCCAUUUUCAAUCAAUUUCAGGUAAAAGUUCUCCGAAUGUAUCAGCACCACUAGCAUAUAAGACCACCAUUACAAUCUGA